CAGAGCAGAUAGGACCCGGGUUGAGGCAGCAGCAUCUCGACUAGCAGCAGCACCAUAAAGGGAGCUUGCCGAGGCUGAAGCUGAUCUGAUAUCGAGGCUGACUUGGAGAUGCUCCGGCUCGGCGGCAGGAUGUGCGGCUUCUCCGCCCUGGUCUCGGUGCUCCUAGCGGGGCUGGCGGCGGCAUCCUCAGAUCUGUUUGACAACCAACUGGGCGACAUCAAUUACUGCAAAAAGCAAUGCCAGCUCACCAUCAAAAACAAAAGCCCUGCUAAAGACUCCAUAAUGAACGCCUGUCACCGUGGCUGUCGUCUCUACUCCAUCUGCCAGUUUGUCAAUGGCAACGCUGGCUUCAAUACCAGCAGGGAGGAGUGUCAGGGAGCCUGCCAGGAGGCAUAUAUUAAGCUGUUGGAACAGGAGGCCUGCAGCACUGGUUGUGCCAGCCAACCUUCUGAACCUGAGAUCAAGAGGAGGAAGCUCAAGGCCCUGACCCACCGCCCCAAGCCCCCCUCGGUCAUGGAGGCCGUGUCCAGCUGGUGCAAUGACAUCGUCAGCUCCGCCCAGAGCUUCAUCUCCUCCACUUGGACCUUCUACCUGCAGGCCGAUGAUGGCAAGGUGGUGGUCUUCCAGAGCCAGCCAGAGAUGGAGUACUCUCUGCCCGAGCUGCAGGCGCCUCGAUCCAAUGUGGCCGACAAACCCUGGCCUCAAGUCCACUCUCACACCCAGAGGCCCCACGGUGUGAGGGGACACGGAGACAAGGGAGCAUCCAAAGCAGGAGGCAAAGGGAAGCACCCCGUCCAGCAUGCAGACGAUCCCACGGCUGAGCACGACUUCCUGGGCUGCAUGUCGAGGCGCUCAGGUCUUCCGCGGUGGAUUUUAGCAGCCUGUCUCUUCCUUUCCAUCAUGGUCAUGUUGUGGCUGAGCUGUGCCAGCCUCGUCACCGCGCCGGAGCAGCACAUCAAGACGCAGCUGAGCAUCAAUGGAGACAAAGAGUUCCUGGACGAUGCCCACAAAGUCAACCCGUACCACCUGACUCCUGUGAUUGCUGUCGGCGUGAAACAGUCAGAGGAGAGCCAGGAGGCGGGGCCGCUGCCGGUCAAAGUCGACCUCAACAAAACAUGCAUUUAGACGAGCCCAACGGGAGAGUAGCUAGCUAUCUUGUUUCCCAGGGUAACCAUGUUUAAAAAUUGCAGGCCCUCAGUGAAAGGGGCGCAACAAACACAUCACAAGACUCACACGCUCAGUCACCGGAUCUGUUUUUUUUUUUCUUUCUUUCAAACAUAUGUUUUAACAGCAUGGCAUCCUCCCAUCAAUAAAGAUUACGCUGUCAAAACAUCUGAGUUGAUGUGAUGGGUUUCGCAGUUAGCUAUGCUUGUCACGCGUUUCCUUGUACAGUACAGCUCCCAUGACGUCAUCCGGAUCCAUCCUAUACUUACAAAAACCUUAGUGAUCAAACCGCUCAUUGCUUAUUGAUCGGUCAGUGUAAAGUGACUACUAAAUGUAACCACUCAAAAUGUCUCCGAGCCAUGCUGGAGGCAAGGCGGCAGGAUGGAUUACAGCUAAAAGCUUUCAAAGAAUUUUUUUUUUUUUUUUUAUGUCUAGUGCAGCAGAGAGAGGGCACACACUGAGACUCAAUUUGGAGAUGAAUUUGAAUUUCCUCUUUCUCACAGACAGUUUAGAUUAAUUGAUGACUCGCCAGGAAGGGAAAAAGGUAGACAGGGAGAUGGGAAGAAGAGAAGAUGAAUGAAAAGAAGAGCAAAACACUUGGAGAGCACUCUCGAGAGCGCUGCGGGAAACAGACACUCUAGUAUACGGUCUGUUUGAUAAUCAGCAAUGUGAACUGCAAUAUUAUCUCCUUAAAUAUUCCACCUGUAAGUGAAAGCUAAUAGUCUAUAAAUUGUAGAUCGGUGUUUCUUUUCCCGCUCUGCAUCAAAUAUUUCUCACUUGAUCUACCCAAUCUCACUGAAAUCUGACAUUUUGCAAGGGAAAAAAAAAACACAUAUCUGCUUUGAAAAACUAUUGUAUGCCUGCUGACACCUUGUUCUUUGUAUGUAUGUGUGUGUGUGUGUGUGUGUGUGUGUGUGUGUGUGUGUGUGUGAGACUCUGGGUGUGUCUGUAUGCAUGAGUUUAUCUACACACGAGCAUGCAUUCAUGCAGAUUUGUGGGGAAUGGAUUUCACACGACAAAAAGCAGGUAGAAAAACAAAACUGGAAUUGGAACCGGAUUCAAAACUGCAGGCUCCGUCUGAGACUGAAAAACUCCUAAGGUUUAUUUAUUUAACUUUUUUUUUUUUCCUGUAUUUAUUCAGAAUCAGCGACAUGAGUUACCUGUUAAAUAGUGUUAUUGAAGUGCCAUGUACAGUAAAUUCAUCAUACAAAUGUAAUUGCUAUGUCUGUAAAAUACAUUCUAACACUUUUUCCAGAGUUGGAAAGCGACACAGAGUUGGGGGGGAAUGCGCUUAUUACUGUAUUAUUCUGAUCAUGUUAUUACUCUUAUAUCACUUAAAGAGUUCUUAGCUCUUACAUGUGCCAUGUGCUUUCUAAUAGUCGACUAUUUUCUAUGUCAUAGAAGCACAUACUGAAGGGAUAGCCUAUGUAACAAUGUGUAAUGCAAGACUUUUAGCAUAGACUUUGUUAUUGAACAGAGUUGCACAGUCUUAGAGAAGAUUUUUCUGUUUUCCUCUUCAGUGCUUUUGAUGUCCCGUAAUGCUCUCUUUUAAUCCAGGCUAUGUAGACGAUACACAGUGCAUGCUAGUGACGCUUCACCAGUUUAUCUUAACUGCCCAUAUCUGUAUGGCAGGACUCUACUGUAGACUUGUGAUUUUUUGUGUUGCUAUUUACUGUAAACGUUGACUAGAAUGUGUAAUAAUUAAUAAGAAUGAUAAUAUUCUCAUGAUUUACAUGAUUUAAGGGAAGAACUCUAAUUUAAAAAGCCAUUCAAUAUCAGUGCUGGUUCGAACAGGAAGGAACAUCAUGUGAGGCAUGAUGGGGAAAUCAAAGUGUACCCUGUAUCAAACUGAACUGUUUCCUUUUUACUGGUCUGUUUAUUUUCAAUGAAAUGAUACUUACCACAUGACAAAUAAAGUGUUUUCAUGUUAAAUAACA